GCGUUUGGAAGAUUUUGGAGAGGACGCUGAGACACCCCUUGUAGGUCUCCAUCCAUCUUCCAGUUGUCGCACCAGAUUCCUUGCUCAGUAUGCCAGCAACACCCAAGGUCACUUUUUGGACUGAAGCAUCCCAGCAAGUCCUAGCAGGUGGAUCAGCAGGUCUGGUAGAAAUUUGCUUGAUGCACCCCCUGGAUGUGGUGAAAACUCGAUUUCAGAUCCAAAGAGAUAAAUCUGAUCCAUCCAGUUACAGGAGCCUGGGGGACUGCUUCAGGAAGAUUUAUCGUACCGAGGGGUUGCUUGGUUUCUACAAAGGGAUACUUCCUCCCAUCUUGGCAGAGACCCCGAAACGGGCAGUGAAGUUCUUCACCUUUGAGCAGUAUAAAAAGCUAUUGACCCCUCUGUCCCUGCCACCUGCAUGGGUAUUUGCAAUUGCUGGGCUGGGAUCAGGCUUGACAGAAGCCAUCGUGGUGAACCCUUUUGAAGUAGUAAAGGUUGGAUUACAAGCUAACCGGAAUGCAUACGCCCAGCAACCAUCCACCUUUGCUCAGGCUCGACACGUCAUCCGAACAGAAGGCAUUGGUUUGCGAGGACUUAACAAAGGGCUAAGUGCCACCUUAGGGCGCCAUGGAAUCUUCAACAUGGUUUAUUUUGGAUUCUACUUCAACGUGAAGAACGCAUUUCCAGUCAACCAGGAUGCUACGCUGGAGUUUUUAAGGAAGUUUUCCAUCGGUCUGGCCUCGGGGACACUGGCAUCUGUCAUUAACAUCCCUUUCGAUGUAGCAAAAAGUCGAAUUCAGGGGCCACAACCAGAACCUGGCGUGAUUAAGUAUAGAAGCUGUUGGAAAACGAUUAUUACAGUUUAUCAGGAAGAAGGCUUCCUGGCUUUGUACAAAGGCCUCCUUCCUAAGGUCAUGCGGCUUGGACCUGGGGGCGCAGUAAUGCUGUUAGUGUAUGAAUAUUCUUAUGCCUGGCUCCAGAAGCACUGGUGACCCAUGAUGAAGAGAUGGAGUUUCUCGUCUUCUAGAUCUAUUAAUUCA